CGCACCGCGGCGAGGCUGCUGCAGGUGAGGCUGUCUCAUCCCUGCCUCGCUGCCUCGCUGCCUCGCUGCACCAGCAAUUCCAGGACAGCGGUGCCAUGCUGUCCCUCGCAGUCUCUCUGGGGUUCAUCCUGCUGACCUGUGUCCUGGCGCAGGCCGGUCGCCAUCUUGCCUACAAGCUCGUGAGGCAGCCUUUCGUGAGGACGCUCUUCCUGGAGGGCAUCGCCGCGGCCGAAUUGUGCGGCGUCUGCUUCGAGCUCAUCAUAGUGGCGGACAACUACGGUGUUUCCACGUACGCUGUUCUGCUGUUCCUGCUGACCAUCUGGUGGUCCGCGCAGUGGGGCGACGCCAGCGCCUGCCCCUACACCCACCUAGAGGACGUGGUGGAAGGCAGGCAGGACCUCCGGCGCGCCGUGCUCAAGAUAUGGGCCGAGCUGACGGGCGGCGUGCUCGUCUUCAGGUACGUCCAGCUUCUUUGGAGCUUGGAGCUGACCGAUAACCACGAGGGAAGGGCGUUUGAAGAUUGCUCAGCUGAUCUACAGGUGCCAGUGCUGUACGGGAUCAUAGUGGAGGGCGUCGCAACAUGCCUGUGUCGACUAACUUCCAGAGCGAUCUGCGACCUCGAGCCUAAGUUCGGAGCAGCCAUCGAUUCCUUUGUUGGGACAUCACUGGUCGUUGCAGCCUUCAACUACUCGGGUGGCUACUUCAACCCAGUGUUGGCAACCUCGCUGAAGUACGGCUGCCGCGGCCACUCGGCCUUGGAGCACAUAGUGGUGUACUGGGUGGGCGCGAUCGCCGGCUCCGUCGCGUCCGUGUUCCUGUACCGCCUGCCCGCCGUGCAAGCGCUCGUGCGACGCAAGCUACACUGAGCCCCGGCCGUCGCUGCGACAACUACCUCCGAGACCCUCUCACUCCUCGCCGCCCUCUGCCGCAGCCACCCCGCGACCCAGGGGACCAGCCCACUGACGUCCUCUCUCUUCCCCUUCGCAAACAACCCCUGUGAUGUGUCACCAAGUGCAAGCAUCAAUGUACAGGCGUGGUUGAACAGUCGACACUUACAAGAGAAUUACAUGGUACAAAAUCAGUAUUACAAACAUAAGACGAUCACAAUUUAUUUACUGAAAUUUGUGAACUAGAAAAUAAGGCUUCGAAAAGCAUGUUUCACAUUAGCACGUAAGUGGAGAUAACCAAUUAGAAAGACAUCGCCAAAGAACGAACUCAAGUUACAAGAAAGUUAAAAUUUUCAAUAAAAUUACUGAGACCUGUUAGAAUGUUAAGAGCUGUACAAAGUGCAUCUUUAAAGUUUUAUUGACCAAUAAGUAACUUUUGUAGGAUUUUAAUGGAUGUUUUUCAGUGCCUAAUAACUGAGUAUAACCAACGUAACACAAGCAAAUAAAGCCAACAACACAAAACAAAAUAACACAGUCCUUAGGAAUCAAAUGACAUAAACUAGGUAACAAUGGAAACAACAGAUCAAGCACAAGGUAAAUCCACAGUUAAUAUAUAUUACAACUGUAAAUCCUUGUCGAGCUAACCACCACGCAUGUUAUAAGUGAAACUUCACAGACUGGCUGUAGUUCUACAUCGGCUCACUAACGGCACUGCAGGCAGUGGUGCUGCCAUCUGUGUUUUUGGCAAGUAACGUGAUAGCUAAAAUUUAAUACACGAAUUCGCAAUUCUAGGUGCACUAUUGCUAAUGUUACUACAGUACAAAUACAGAUUAUAAUAAGUAUGUUUUUUUUUAUUUAUUUAUAUAAUCUUUAAAAUUUAGUUUCUUAUCGUGUUAAGAGACUUCAGAAUAUUGUGUAAAAUGUAUGUAACGUGCAAUUGAAAAAAAUAUGGUGCUAAAUAGCAAUGCAGUUACACCACUCUUUUUCUGAUUGUUACACUUUCUAUAAAGCUCUGGGCAUAAAACUUCUUUUGUUAAACUACUUUUUGUUACGUGCUGAUGUUAUCGCCUAGACCAGGGGUCAGCAGACCGCGGCUCGCGAGUCACAUGCGGCUCUUUUCAUAGGAUUUCACAGCUCUACAACUGUGUUGCAAAAAAAAUGCCAAAAAUAGUGAAAAUCAUAAUUGAUACUUGGAGUAGUCUUCCUGAAACCUAUGAAAACAAAAAAAAUUAAAAAAAAUUGCAUUUGCUAUUCUAACAAUCUUUGGCUCUACCUAUUCAUGAGAAACAUUCCCUUCAAUUAAUCAACUAGAAAAUAAAUCAAGAAGUAAAUUAACCAACAACUUACAAUCAUGCCUAAAAUUGAAAACAAGUAGUUACUUGCCAGACAUCCCUAAUCUUUCGAAAGCGAUGCAAGGUCAGCGUUUCAACUAAGUAAUUAAUUUUACAAAGCCCAGGUGCUUUUUUUAUUUUAAUAAUAAUUAAUUUUAAUCAUUUAUGUUUUCUAGUUUUAACAGUACAGCUUUACAUAUGAAUACCAUAUGUUUUACAUUUAUGUGUUUUUUUUUUCCUAUGCAACCGUUAUUUUUAAAACUUUAUGUUGAAAUUGUGAAUAUAAUAUUUUGAUUUUUUUUAUCAUCUUAACAUUCCAUGUAGAUACAGAGAAAAUACAUGUGUGACUCUCUAAGAAAUUGGACAAUCUGUUUACUUAAUAUUUGGCUCAUCUCACUCGAAAGUAUGCUGACCCCUGGCCUAGACCUACCCAACCAGUAGGAAAGAAGUUUUACUUCAAAAAUUAGGAUAGUCAUUUGUAUGGUCAUUAUAUAAUAUCUUACUGCAUUGCUAAUUUUCAAAUUAACUGUUCUAAUUUAUAUUUACUGAAAAUGUACCUGGUUUUUGAUUUUCUGUGUUUAUUUCUGACAUUUUAUAAUGUUUGUUGUUUGCUAGGAUAUGUUUUUAUUCCCAGAUCUGUGUUAUUCCUGGGGGUUUUACUUACUUCUUUUGUCUAAAAAUUAAUUAUAUUUUGUUUACACUUUAGGCAAUAUCUAUGUAUUGAUGAUUCAAAAUCAUAUGACAGCUGUACAAACUGUGUUUGAAUUACCUUGCAAAUAUUCCCUGUGAUACAUUUAUUGUUAUGUGCCUGUUACAGUAUUUUUGUUACAAACUUGUAAAUAAAGUUGUUGAAGUUAAAA